AUGGUUAGUUCUUCUAAGGCUGGGAUAUCGGCUGCAGAGAAGCAACGUCGCAUCUUAGCUUACCUCCAAGCAUCACGGACAUGUCAUACCCUCAAAGACUUAGAAAGGACACUCCCACCCGUUGCUUCAAUCAACGGCAUGCAAGUAAAGGACCACAUCCAAGCAUUGACCGACGAAGGCCAACUCCACGUGGAGAAGAUUGGGAGUGGGAAUUGGUACUGGGCCUGGGGUGGUGAGGAGAAGAAGGCUCGCGAGAAAACGAUUGACGGCUUGAGCAAGGAGGUGGAGAAAAUACAGAAAUCUACAGGAGAGUUGGAGGCCAGGAUCAACACUCUUAAGGAAGAACAACGUCUCGAAGAGGAAAGGAAUCAGAACGGGACUCGGGAGGAGAACGAGAAGGAAAGAAUGGCGUUAAUGCAGAAAAAAGAGGAACUUGAAAUCAAAACUGCCUGUCUGGAAACUGAGAUCAAGAAGCGUGUUCAAGGGGAUGGAGCAGGUUCCAUUGCGCAAAAGGAGGCCGAUAUUGUAAGGUGGAAACAAGAGGCACAAGUGUGGACGGACAACAUCUAUAUUCUGGAGGAAUACCUAAAGAGGUUGACGAACGGUGAUAGGGAGGUUUUGGACGCUGUGAGGAGGGAAUGUUAUGGUCUGGCAUAUGUUGAAGGAGAAGGGCUAGCAGACCUAGAUUUCUGA